UAUAAGCAUCACCAAUCAAACGAUAACAACAAAAAACAUCCGAGUGUCGAGUCGGUCGAGUCAGAUAAAAGUCGCUAUCGUUUUAAUUUCCUCGAGAUUUUUCCCAAUCUAUACUUUAAAUCCAGCAAUUUUACUGUAUUUCCUGUAUAAAUAAAAUGGCAACGGUAUUAUCCGUAGAUGACAUGUGUCGGUUGUGUUUAGAUCCGUUUGUGGAAAGUUACAGCACGAUCGAAAAUCCGGCCAUGAAGGACCAGCUGGAGAAGGUGUUCAGCUUUCCGAUCGAACUGAAGGACGGAUUUAGCUCCAGUGUGUGUCAAAGUUGUUCAAAUAGCGUCUUUGAGUUCUAUAAAUAUUCAGAAAAAGUACGCAGAAAUCAGGAAGCUCUGGAAACAUCGAAAUCUAAUCAAGAGCUAUUCUAUGAAGGCGUCAAGGACGACUUGGACAGUGAGACAGAGAUAAUAGAAGACGAUACACAAGGCACUCUGAUGAGAACUGACUUAGACAAAUUAACACCGCAUAGGUCUCGAAAAGUGAAUACUACAAAAAAAUUAAAGGAUGCAGAACUAGAUGAAUUCAUUGAUGAAGUGCUGCUAAAUAGAAAAAAGAACGCAGAUGAUGAAUUUAUUAGCGAACACUUCAAAAUAUCGUGCGAACUUUGUGACAUUAUGACCCCAACGUUCGCACAUCUUCGCCAUCAUUUUCUAAAAGUGCAUCAAGAUAAAAAGCCAUACGUAAUCUGUUGUGGAAAAAAGUUUUGGAGUAAAAAACCUAUUUUGGAGCACAUACGUUUGCAUCUAGAUUCAAGUGCAAGCUUGAAAACAUCUGAAGUCAGUGUUGCGGAAAUAUUACCGAAAGAUGAUAAAAUGAUACGCAGAAGAAGAGAGGAUUCGGAUGAUCACUUUCUCAGCGAACAUUUCAAAUUGACUUGUGACCUAUGCGGUGACGUGGCCCCAACUUUCGCACACCUGCGCAAUCACUUCCUCAUAGCCCAUCAGCGUCAAGAUGUUUACGCGCUAUGCUGUGGCAAGAAGUGGAUCAGAAGAAAUCGUAUUUUGGAGCACGUCCGUUAUCAUCUCAACUCAAAUACCUUCCGCUGCGAACACUGUGAAGAUAUCUUCACGACCCGAGCAACCUUUAUGGCUCACAAAUUUACGAAACAUCAAGACCAAUAUGCGUACAAAUGUGAUCGCUGCUCCCGCGCCUAUGUAAGUAUGUCUCUAUUGACCGCCCAUUUGCGGCGACACGACAAAAACGAAUGCCCGGAGUGUAAGAAAGCGUUUAUGACGAAACAUGCCUUGGAAGAGCACAUGAAAAAACAUGAGAGUGUGGAGCAAGAGUGUCCACAAUGCAGAAGAAUUUUCAAGUCUCGCGUACUUCUUGAUAGACAUAUACGCAUCAUGCACAAUACGGAUAAUAAGGACCAAUCAUACGUGUGUGAACAUUGUGGCAAAACUUUUACUAGCAUCAUUCUUUUCAAGCGUCAUAUAGAUGCACACGAGGGCAUAGAAGCACCUAAAGUUCAAUGUUCGCUAUGCAGUCGCUGGUUGAAAAGCACCUCUUACAAAAUCCACUUAGAGACGGUCCAUGGUAAUCGGGAGCGGGUUCACGAGUGUGAUAUCUGCCACAGGAAAUACCCACAUACAGUAGCGCUACAGAACCAUAAAUCGAAAACACAUAUCGAGCCGAGGUUCAAGUGCGAAUUUUGUGACAAAUUAUUCAUCGAAAGGGGUCGUUGGGAGGAACAUCGAACAACGCAUACUGGAGAGAUUUUAUAUUCGUGCGAGUAUUGUGGAACACGGUUUAAAUGCAAGACCUCAGUGCAUAAGCAUAAAAAAAGGAUACAUCCGGAUAAAUUGGCUGAGAAACUACAACUUGCCACCGCAUCGACACAAGAGCCACCGGUGAUGUAAUAGAAGUUUCUUCUGUAAUUAAAAAUCAAGUUCUAUACAGUGUAAUCUAUA